AUGGCAUCUAACGAAUCUUCAUUCGCGAUACCCUCUCAGUACCUCCCUCCUAAUACGCCCUCUGCUGCUGUGGACUAUGAAGACGAUACCCCGGAGUCAUCUAUAGCUCUGCCAAACUUUGGCGAUGCUACGUUGUUGAAGGAUACCAAGAUCCCUUGGGGAGAGGAGAUGAGCAUGUUUGUACCGCCUUUUCAACAGGCUAGGAAAGGGAAGACUGUGUUCAAAGAGCGAGUGAAGAAGACGGGACACACUCCAAUCAGGAAAGCGGAGAAACUCGUCAAGGUAGCUAGUCCCGCCAAGGCUGGUAAGACCUCCAGACAGAGGUCGAAGAGCCCCCGGAAGAGGACCAUGAGGAAUAUCGACAUCAUCGAAGACAAUGAUAGCGAUUUUAUGAAUUACAAGAAGCUGAACAGAGAUACGGGUGUUCAACUCCAAGUUGAGACGCAGAACACCGGCAGGGGGGAAGAGACAACGCAAACCGAGAGUGCAAGGAAGGCGAGGCGAUCAAGGCACCAACGAGAAGAGCCACUCAAUCCGCUUCCUCCCAUCCUCGACAACUCCGAGUCUGCUCCUAGCUCUGACUUGGCCCCUAUACAUGCUGCCGUCGACAUGUUUUCCCCCGCGGUUGUUACUCAGACCAGUGUCGUCAGAGGGAAGGAAAGAAAGCGCUCGCAACCCAAGGCAUCCAUCGAGGUCGCGCACGACCGCAAGUCCCUAGACACGAAACACAGGGACACGUCCGAUUUGAGCGCUAAACCCGAAUCGGCGAGGGCAUCUACUCAACUGGAACAAGUCGCCGUCCUCUCGACCACUGAGCAUCGUACGCCUCAACUCCCCUUCUCUCCUCAUCCAGUCCAUUCUCGAGUCCACACUCCACCUGUGGCGGCUUUCUUCGUACCCCCGCCCGCAAAUCUACCGAUGGAUGAGACGAUGCCUCUGCCGCCUCCCACUCCGGCUGCCGUCCGCCAGGAGCACCGGCAGUCCACAGCGCCGGCCGAGUCAAGCGAUGAUGCAAGCUUUGGGGGAUUGAUGGAGAAGCUGAAGAUGUACAAGGAGAGGAUUGGAGUCGUUGAUGGCGAUGCUGCAAGUUCUGCAAGCUCCUCGACGGACUCGUCCUCUCCGGAACCCGCCGCUUCCCCGCACGAGGUCGAAACGGCCGCUCUUCCUGUCCCUCAAGCCUCUGACCCAGUCCCCUUGCGGGAGAUACACGCACAGCCUGCCACAGUUAUUCAGCAAUCUUACCCAGGACAGUCCCUUCUUGAGAAGCUAGAAGCCGCGGCGAGACAGACGGUUCGCGGCGUCCUACCGCCCUCCCCAGCGCAACCAUUCCUCCCUCCUUCACCACCCGCCGUACAGGAUCCCCUUCCAGUAGCCAGGAUCGCCCCUGAACCUCCGGCUCCGACGAAUGCCAGAAAGCGAGUUUCCUCAAACGAUGAUAAACUUAGCGCGCGUCCUAUGAAGAAACCGCGGCAGGCAAAGGCUGGGAACAAGGAGAACGUACCUGCAAAGCCUGCUCCACGCAAGUCGCCCCGCAAAUCACCCGCCAAGUCUAGGAAACGCGUUGUGACCAAGCCUCCCGUCCUGGUGGAAACCAAACCUGAACCAAUACACCGUGCUCAAACGGAACGUAAGCCAGAGCGGAAAGUGGUGACCUCGGCGAACAACGUUCCUCGGCAACCAUUAGAGCGUAUCAAAGUGCUGGAAGAGAAGAAACAAGCGCUGGUAGAGUCCAUCCAGCACCGGAUCCCAUCCACCUCCUUCGCCCCUGUUCUUCCCCCUGCCGUGAUCGAGAAGCAUAAGCAAACGUUCGCGUCUACCCGCGCUGUUUGGGAACAACUUGCUACCGCAGCGGCCGCGGCCGCGCCCGUGCCGCCGAAACCCAAGAAAUCGAACUACCACCCAGCGCCGAACUGGACCGCCCUGCACGCGCAGGAAGAUCAGCGCAAGGCCCGUGCGCUGGCAAAACAGGCACAGGCACACAAGCCUCUUCCCUCGCAACCAUUUACGAGCGCGACAGAGCUCCGCGCUAAGGAGAGGGAGGAGUUCGAGCGGCUUAUCAGGGAGAAGGAAGAGCUGCUUUCCCAGCUUAAGGAGGAGAAACGGCUGCAACAGGAGAUGCAGGAGAAGGAGGAAGUGGAGAGGUUGAGGAGGGAGUUGGACGUUAAGGCUCGGGAGAGGGUGCAUGAGGUGCCGGAGUGGAUGAGGAAGAGGAAGGAGGAGUUGAAGGCUUCGACUAUCUUUCUCGCCAGGGGUGGCCCUGAUCUCCAAAUGCGCGACUACACACCGCCCUCUGCACAACAUCCUCUCCUGCAUCACCCCACUUCUCGCCAACUUGAGAGUGGCAACCUUGCCCCAAAGCGUCGUUCAAAUGAAUCUACUACUCUUCUCACAACGGGUCAUGGAGGACAUACCAAUUUAGCGUGUGGCACGGAGAACUACACUGCUGCUCAGAUGUGGCUGUCUGCUACCCUGAUGCAUCUGGGAGGUGGCUGUGCAUGA